GAUCGCUAAUCCAGCCCGACGUGUUUGUGAUGGUCGUGAAAAACAGCUGUGCAUCGCCCUCCCGCGCGCGCAAUAUAUCACCUUAUCCGAAAACUGUACUUACCGAUUCCAUUGCACGAGUCUCGAGCUGCAAAGCGUAGCUGUGGACUGCGAUGUCAGGCCUCCGUUUCCCGUCUUGACUGUGACGCUUCUCGACGACGGAGCCAACGGCGCCACUUCCGCGAGGACAAACUCCAUGGAAGCCGGGAACUUUGGCAGCGAGCGUGAGUCGGCACUGUGGCAGCGCUACCUCCAAUGACCCAGCUGGUGCCGACGACUUGCACCCACUCUAGUCAGGGCAGCAAAGCGCCACACCCAGCCACCCGCUCUGCCAGGCCAACUUGUGCCGAACGACUUACAUGCAACGGACGAAGUCCUAGGCCAGAGAUUGUCAGCACGACUCUUGCUCCGCACCCAUUUCCUCAGAGUGAAGGCGCGUUGUACUUCUGCCUCGACUGUGACACGAACCAAUGUGAGGGCUGUGAGCUAGUGCUCCACGAACAGUCCCGUUUCCGUGACCACCGGCCUCGCGUUGCGGUGGUCAAGCCCGAACCUCAUCUGCUGUGCGAGGGCUUCAGUUGCCGCGGCGAGAACCUCGCUGACAUUCGCUGCCACACUUGCGAGCGCAGCCUUUGCUACGCCUGCGACUACCAGAUACACCUGCUGCGCCGCAGGUUUGCCCACGUCAAGGUUCGCUUCCGCUACUACCUCGAGCGACAGGCGAAGUUGUCCACAGCAGAGGUGGCGGUCAACGAAGACGACGAAGAGCAGUACCUGUCUGCUGAGCCUUAUUGCAGUUUGCCCUAUGAGGACAGCGGCACAGCCAUGAUGGAGCCGACGUCUCACGAGCCAGACGUGAUCAGCGACACCCGCGGUGGGUGCAAGCCGCAAACGACGCGCUCCAGCAUUCUGCUUGUUGAUGACAAGGAGGUGCUCCAGGUGUCGACGGCCGCAGAGCUUGCCUCCCAGCUGGGCUGCAGCUCCGACACGCCCGCCAAGGUGGUCUCCAUUUUCGGUAAUACGGGCGAAGGCAAGUCACACACCCUGAACCACACCUUCUACGACGGGCAGAGGGUUUUCCAGACAUCGCCGCAGCAGGAGUCGUGCACCAUCGGUGUCUGGGCGGCGCACUGUCCUGAGCAUGGCUUGCUCACCAUCGACACCGAGGGGCUGCUGGGGGUGGCCGAGAACCAGAACCAGCGCACCAGACUUCUCCUCAAGGUGCUGGCCGUCUCGGACAUAGUGAUCUACCGCACGCGGGCUGAGCGGCUCACCACGGACCUGUUCACGUUUCUCGGGGACGCCUCUCAAGCUUACGUCAGCCACUUUGCGCACGAGCUCAAGGCACUUAAGGAACGCUGCAAGCUCGACAAACCCAUCUCGGCGUUGGGGCCCGCUGUAAUUAUCUUCCACGAGACGAUGCACACCAAGCCGCUCGCUGCUGGCGAGGAUCCCAAGUCUGCCGUUGAGGAACUGAAGAAGCGGUUCGAGCAGAACAAGCGUAGCAUCGAUGCAUUCAGCGACUUGCACUAUGUUGGCAUACAGACAGUGGGGUUGCCGACGUGCUUUGACGGUUUGAGGACGACAGUGAAGAAGGUGAUGGACAAUGCCACGGUGCGCUCCGCAAGACCCGUCGAAGUCAUAUUCCAAGCGCUCAAGCAUCUGAAUGAGAAGUUCAAUGGUGACAUUGACAACACUGUUCCAAGCACAUUUCCCGAUCAGUAUUUCACCUGCCCCCUUUCGUGCCUCUCCUGCGACGCUCGGUGCAACAAGACAAUGAACCACCAAGAUGACCACUUAAAUGCAAUGAGGUGCCGUUACCAAAACCAUCUGGACAACCGGGUCCAACAGUGCAAGAACUGCUACGAAAAAUUUGGUCGCGAAGUGGUCCUCACGCCACAGACCGGCGCCAAGAACGAUUCUACAUUGACGGCGUUGGCGAAGUUUGCUUGGUCGGGGUAUGUGUUUGAGUGCCCCAGCUGCGGUGUGAUCUACCAGAGUCGAAAGUACUGGUUUGGCAACAGGGAACCCGAGGAGACCGUCACCAGGGUUGAAAUUGUGCACGUCUGGCCUGCUGAGAAGCCAGCAACAGAGGAGCCAGGCAUUACCGCACAGAGGGUCCUUGACGGCCUUCAGACCAUCUCGGAGGCAGUCACGACAUACAGCGCUCGACCGACGCGCACCAUGUCUGACUGGAUAAACGACCAGAUCGCACCUUCAUACUGGGUGCCCAACUAUAAGAUUCAGGCCUGCCACAAGUGCAAAAAAAGCUUUCCUCCUGAGGAGAAGAAGCACCACUGUCGUGCCUGCGGCAACGGCUUCUGUCAAGACUGCUCAUCCAAGACGCGGCCAGUGCCCGAGCGUGGCUGGGGCACAGAGCCUGUGAGAGUCUGCGAUGACUGUUUCGAACCAGUGGAAAACUCGACGCCCACUGCAUCUCCGGAGGAAGGAGGCGAGUCCGAACUGACGGCACGAAAGCUGGGUGAGGCACUCCGCAGCACUUUCGGCGUUGUUGCAUCCGCCAUGGAGUAUCCCAUCGGAUCUGUUCUAGGUUUGAUAAAGGACACGGCACGACCCGCCUACUGGCAGGCUGACAACGAGGUCACUGAAUGUGCCGUCUGCAAGCAGGAAUUCGGCCCACGCAACCCGAUUCACCACUGCCGCAGUUGCGGAAGGUGUGUCUGCAACGGCUGCUCAACGGCGCGCCGGCCCGUCCCCUCCCGUGGCUGGGAAGGGGCAGUCCGGGUGUGCAAGGACUGUGAAGCACGACCGGAGCUUUGAUAAGAGCCCCAUUGGUACAACCGCGCCAGCAUAGCCACAUUGGCACAGCCUCCCGGCACAGGCACGCCAGCACAGCCGCACCGGCAUAGUGCAUCAAAAGGAAAGACAGUGGCGCUGCAGUGCGAGUGAAGUGCUGUAUAAUACGAGGGUUUAGUCCCACUUGUGGAUCGCAAAGAAGUGGCCAUUGCAGACCUGUACAUUCCGGUGGUUUGAGCAGCGACACAUCGCGUGUGAGUUUGCAAUGUUGCGAAAAUCAGCUCACCGUUCUGGAUGGUCGUGAUUGCCCAUAGGGCAAUGACAGAUUGAACAGCUAAGUUUUGUUUUUGCCAGCCACCCACUGGCACUGUAGUCGAGACAUCGUCAUAGUGUACAGUGAAAAGAUCAGUUGUAGUUACAGUUAGGGCUGGGUGCAGUGAGAGAAUUCUCAAUGCGGGAAUAAUGCCUCGGUGUUGUACAGUUAAGUAUCAUUUGAAUGUGAAACCUUGUGGCUUCUAUAGCUGUUGCUCUUUGCGCAACUGAAUGCUGUCUUUUUUGUGCUAUUAUUCUCGUAAUGAGCAACAGUGAUGGGGUGAGUCAAAGCUGCAUUCUGACUUUUUAAAUUUUUGCCCAUAUUUUUUUUCUUUUGAGAGUAGUUUAUGUAUGCACACGGGUAUCGAAGUUGUCUCUUGCCGUCACGUGCAUUUCGUUGUUUUUCUAAAGUAUAGACACUCAAGUUGUGCUCAUAAGCGACUGUGAUUAAUUGUGUUGACGGAGGGACGCAGGCAUUGUUUUUGGUGGAGAUGUGUUGGAGGCGUUGUCGGUUUAUGAAUGCGGUGACAAUGUUGCUUCUGUGGCAGUUCGUAUGGCAGUGUCUUUUCUUAUUUUCUUUUUGUAGAUCAUAAUUUGGUUUUAGAGCGUUUUGCGCACGCAAAUUAUGUGGAAAUGGUAACAGUACCGAAUACCUACUAAAAUAUGUACUUUUAAAUAUAACUUUAUCGACAUGUGGUGCUGUCGGUGCAUUCUUCUCUAUGAUGGUUCAUUUUACAUCAGGCAGAAUUCGAUGUCUGGCCAUCAUGUUUGAAGUUUUCGUUCUCAGGUACUUCAACCAUUUCUCUCAGAAGAUCUAUUGAAACAAUAAUACUGAAUGUUAUUAAACCUUACAGAGUUCCCAAUCGUAGGAAUAGUCACUGACGGUUUCCCUGUAGGCAUAUCAAUACCCAGAUGGGCACAUAUCUACUUCACUGAAUAUUUCUGCAUCACCUGCAGAAGAUAUACAAAACAUUCCUAGCUACAACUACGUGUGGGUUAUAAGGGAAUGUCAGUCUAAAAUUUGGGUUUACAGCAGGGCUCCACGGUAAUGCAGGGAAGGCGACUUCACGACAAUAUGCGAGGAUCUCUUUCUCUUUUUUUUAACCUUUUUUUAAAUACUUGGUUGUAGGGACGCAGUUCGUAUGUGAGAAAAUAUGGUGCCUUUUUUUCAGGAAACCAAAAUUUGUGUCCAUUGUUUUUACACAUUUUUGUGCUUUCUUUUGUCAUUUUAGUAGCUUCUUUUUAAACCAGCAGUGUUAUUGCAGUGUAUUAUACAUUUUGUUCUAUACACCCCUUUUGGACUCUAUUUUGUCAUCUUGCUGAAUUAUUUUUGUGCAUUCCAAUGUUUGUUGCUACCUUUCUACCAUGCCUUUUAAUAGUGCUUAACGAAUGGUGUGAAUUGCGUAUCUUUGCUCAUCUAGUGCAGUGAUGUCUAGCAUAAAAUAGCCGUUUACACAAUUACAUUCUAACUGAAUCAAGUUAUAUUGUAUUCACGAGCUUGCGUUUACAUGGUAAUCGCUCAUCUGCUAAGGAACAAAUUAUCAUAGUUGUCUUGCGAGCUUCAGACGUGCCGCUGGCAAGUUCUUUUUCGGCAACAUUUACAUAUGUAGGGAGUAUGUAGUUACUCAAGAGGAUUCUGUGCCAGUUACUGUUUGAGAAAACCCCUCGAAGGCCUUUUCUUUGUACCUGAAAAACGCAACGACUGUGUACCAAAGCUUUAUUAAACGGGCCCCAGAAGAGUCACUGAA